UCUAUUAUUUUACACUCAGCUUCUCGCAGUUUAAAAUGGCGGCGUUGAGCAGCGCCGAGUCCCCACCGCCCGUCUUCAACGGAGACGCCAUGGAUCGUGAUCCCGAGCGGGAGAGGGGACUGGACGAACUGGGAGCGGGGCUCGAACCCAUAUGUUCCGGAGGGAUCCCCGAGAGCCAACAGGACAUUCCCGAGGAGAUCUGGAACAUUAAACAGAUGAUCAAACUGACGCAGGAGCACCUAGAAGCCCUCUUGGACAAGUUUGGGGGUGAACAUAAUCCCCCAUCCAUAUACCUGGAGGCUUAUGAGGAGUACACCAGUAAGCUGGACGCUCUACAGCAGCGAGAGCAGCAACUGCUGGAGGCCAUCGGCAACGGGACCGAAUUCUCCUGCCCUCCCCCCACCCCGGCCCUCGGCCCCACCCCUGCCCCCACCCCCGUCCCCAGCCUCCUCGAGGUGAAUAUCGGGGGGGCCGCAGGGUUCUCCUCGACCACCUCUACUUUGGCUGUGCUCCAGACCCCCACGGAUGCUGCCCGCGGCAACCCCAAGUCGCCCCAGAAACCCAUCGUCCGGGUCUUCCUGCCCAACAAGCAGAGGACAGUGGUCCCGGCUCGCUGUGGCAUGACCGUGCGCGACUCCUUGAAGAAGGCCCUGAUGAUGAGGGGCCUGAUCCCAGAAUGCUGUGCGGUGUACAGGAUACAGGACGGGGAGAAGAAGCCGAUUGGCUGGGACACAGAUAUCUCCUGGCUCACAGGGGAGGAGCUACAUGUAGAGGUUUUGGAAAAUGUGCCACUGACCACGCAUAACUUUGUGCGGAAGACGUUCUUCACCUUGGCCUUCUGCGACUUCUGCCGCAAGCUGCUGUUCCAGGGCUUCCGCUGCCAGACGUGCGGCUACAAGUUCCACCAGCGCUGCAGCACCGAGGUCCCGCUCAUGUGCGUCAACUACGACCAGCUGGACUUGUUGCUAGUGUCCAAGUUUUUCGAGCACCACCCCAUCACGCAGGAGGAGGCGUGUUCGGAGGGCACCACGCCCAUGUCCGAAGUGUGUCCGUCCCUGCCCCCUUCCGACUCCACCGGGUCCCUGUGCCACUCCCUGGCCUCCCCAUCCAAGUCCAUCCCCAUCCCGCAGGGCUUCCGGCCGGGGGACGAGGACCACCGCAACCAGUUUGGCCAGCGGGACCGCUCGUCCUCCGCCCCCAACGUGCACAUCAACACCAUCGAGCCCGUCAACAUCGACGACUUGAUUCGAGAUCACGGUUUACAGAAAUCAGAUGGAGGCUCCACGACGGGCCUGUCGGCCACGCCCCCCGCCUCCCUGCCCGGCUCGCUGACGAGCGUGAAGAGCGCCCAGAAGUCGCCCAGCCAGCCGCGCGAACGCAAGUCCUCCUCCUCCUCCUCCUCCUCCGAGGACCGCAAUAAAAUGAAGAACCUGGGCCGGCGGGACUCGAGCGAUGACUGGGAGAUCGCGGAGGGCCAGAUCACCCUGGGCCAGAGGAUAGGCUCCGGAUCCUUCGGGACCGUCUAUAAGGGGAAGUGGCACGGAGACGUGGCUGUGAAGAUGCUGAACGUCACGGCCCCCACCCCUCAGCAGCUGCAGGCCUUCAAGAACGAAGUGGGGGUUCUGAGAAAGACGCGCCACGUGAACAUCCUGCUCUUCAUGGGCUACACCACCAAGCCGCAGCUGGCCAUCGUCACGCAGUGGUGCGAGGGCUCCAGCCUCUACCACCACCUGCACAUCAUCGAGACCAAGUUCGAGAUGAUCAAGCUCAUCGACAUCGCCCGGCAAACCGCGCAGGGCAUGGACUAUUUACAUGCCAAGUCCAUCAUUCACAGAGACCUGAAGAGCAACAAUAUAUUCCUGCAUGAGGACCUCACGGUGAAGAUUGGGGAUUUUGGCCUGGCCACAGUGAAGUCCCGCUGGAGCGGGUCGCACCAGUUCGAGCAGCUGUCUGGGUCCAUCCUGUGGAUGGCCCCGGAAGUGAUCCGCCUGCAGGAUAAAAACCCGUACAGCUUCCAGUCCGACGUCUACGCCUUCGGCAUCGUGCUGUACGAGCUCAUGAGCGGGGUUCUGCCGUACUCCAACAUCAACAACCGAGACCAGAUCAUCUUCAUGGUGGGGCGGGGCUACCUGUCGCCGGACCUGAGCAAGUCGCGCAGUAACUGCCCCAAGGCCAUGAAGAGGCUGAUGGCCGACUGCCUGAAGAAGAAGAGGGAGGAGCGGCCCCUCUUCCCCCAGAUCCUGGCCUCCAUAGAGCUGCUGGCGCGCUCCCUACCCAAAAUCCACCGCAGCGCCUCCGAGCCCUCCCUAAACCGGGCGGGGUUCCAGACCGAGGACUUCAGCCUGUACGCCUGCGCCUCCCCCAAGACCCCCAUCCAAGCGGGGGGGUACGGGGAAUUCUCAGCUUUUAAGUAACGGAGCGAAUGCCACCAGUACAUCCCUUAUCACCUUUCAAAAAGUCUUGUGUUCCUACAGUGGGUUCAUCCAUUUUACAAACAGAAAAAAUAGCAACAGUUACUAUAAUUGCGCUGUUUCCUUCCUUUGCAAUCUAAAGAGCGACAAUUGCACUGGAACAGCAAAAAAAAAAAAAAAACAAACGGACAGAUCGCAAAAUGGGGGAAAAAUUAGACUAAUGGGGGAAAAAAACUUAAAUAAUGACCAAAAAUAAUAUAUAAAUGGACAGGAAUUCCUUGUCCGUGAAGUUGUGGGUAAACCCCGUAGGAGACAGAUAAUUUGCCAACAAUCUCCCCUCAAGCUCGCUGAAGAGGGGGAUGGAGGGGGGAGAGCAAGAAGAGAGGAUGGAGGGAAGAGAAACGGAGGUCAGCCGUCGCCGUGGUGACGCCUCAUCUUGUCCCCUCCAGCCGAUUGGUCGGCGGUGGGUCGCGUGAGGCAAGCCGCAGCAUGGAAUCCGCACUUUGACCAAUGGCACUAGAGAGGGCUGUGAAAGGGGCGGUCAGCCCCGGCUGCUCAUUGGCUGGCACUGGUUGAUGGACCUUUGUCAGAGCCAAUCUCGUAGAGGCGCCAGAGGACACAGGGUCAGACCUGUUGGAAGACGACUUGAAUGCUUUAUUUAUGUUUUAAUUCUAUUUUUGUUGUUUUUUAUUUUUAUUAUUAUGUUUGGCUUUGAGGUUUUGAGGUAUGGUGGGGGAGGGGGAGGGAGGUUUCACCAAUAUUUUUGUCUUGCUUUUUGUAUGUUUCGUCUAGUCGUAUUGUUCAGAAAAAAGAACACAAGUUCUUGAAGAGGUUUUUUUUCUUCCUUUCACCUCAGGGUGCUCCGAUGAAGUGGAGCAUCCCAAUAAAUCAGAUUCAGCUCGAAACGCUGUCACAAAGAGGCCCAAUCAGCUUCAGCUCGAAACGCUCUGAGGAGCCGCAGUCUGCUUCAGCUCGAAACGCUCUCAGGAGACACAGUCAGCUUCAGCUCUGAGGAGCCGCAGUCAGCUUCAGCUCUGAGGAGCCGCAGUCAGCUUCAGCUCUGAGGAGCCGCAGUCAGCUUCAGCUCUGAGGAGCCGCAGUCAGCUUCAGCUCUGAGGAGCCGCGGUCAGCUUCAGCUCUGAGGAGCCGCAGUCAGCUUCAGCUCUGAGGAGCCGCAGUCAGCUUCAGCUCUGAGGAGCCGCGGUCAGCUUCAGCUCUGAGGAGCCGCGGUCAGCUUCAGCUCUGAGGAGCCGCAGUCAGCUUCAGCUCGAAACGCUGAGGAGCCGCCAGAGCUGAAGCUUCGCAGACAUUUGUUCGGCCGCUUCAUCCGAGAGGCACGUUUCAGGACACACUGGACCCCCUUUUUUUAGACAGGAAUCCUUGAGUAUUCCCCCCUGUUCGCUUGCAAAGCGAAGGAGAGCCCAGAAGGUGGGCGUGGUAGCUAAGGAGCAGCAGUCUUUAUUACAUUCAGUUGCAUUCAGAGGCGCUCCUAUGAAAGGAAACGUGUCGGUCAGAGCUAUCGGUUAGCCCCCGCUUGUCUGGAUUUAUCCAUGAACAGAGGAUGCUGUGCACCUGGAGUGCACUGAGAGAGAGUGGAUUUGUUUCUGGACGCUAGACUGCAAUUAUGCUUUGUUUGUUCAGUUAGCCCAAUCAUGUAAUGAAUGUGGCGUUUUUUAAAAUGAAUUUGUCAUUGACCGCUACGGACUGCCUGUGUUCUCAUCUGAAAACAGUCUAAUGUUAUGAGCUGUAUGAUAUCCAGGACCCAAGUUGUGCACCCCUGCUGUCACUGGUGUUCACUUGGGCAGUGAACACCAGUGACAGUGAUGGAGAAGGCACUGUCCUGAAUGGUUAAACUGCCGUGUAGUGGUGGUUUGAACGUUCCUGUGCAGACGUGAAGCAGCCGGAGAGGCAGGCUUUGUUUGGGGAGUAUUGAUGUGUUCCUGUCUGGCUUGUCCUGUGAGCUCUGCUGGUCUUCAUUGGCCAGCAUUGGCUGUUAUUAGUGAACAAGAGGCGGACGUCCAGGACAGAGGGAAAUAAACGGGGAGCAGUUCCUGCUACUGUGGAGAUAUAAUAACUCUGUGAAGCAUGGUGCCAUAGUGAACCGGUUCCUUUGGUUUAAGCUGCAGCUUCUUUCUGCUCGUGUGCAAGACUGCGGCUUUUGUUAUAAGCUCUAGCUGACGUCGUUGUAAAUUGCUUUUCUUCGCAACUUCAGUUUUAUUUGUUGUUGCGAAUACAAGGUGGGUCGACUCUGCCAGGGACGAGGAGAGGGUACUGUAGCACCGUGCUAAUGAUGGUAAUGAAGGCUUUGUGUUUCAGAACCAGACCUGACGUCAGAAACAGGACGACUGCUAGUACGUCCUGUAUGAACUGCUAGUACGUCCUGUAUGAACUGCUAGUACGUCCUGUAUGAACUGCUAGUACGUCCUGUAUGAACUGCUAGUACGUCCUGUAUGAACUGCUAGUACGUCCUGUAUGAACUGCUAGUACGUCCUGUAUGAACUGCUAGUACGUCCUGUAUGAACUGCUAGUACAUCCUGUAUGAACUGCUAGUAAUGCGCCCGGCUAAGUGGGGACUCAAAGGGUUAAACCCCUUCUGAAACUAUAAACCCUCCUUUAUUUAAUCUUUUAGUCAUUGCAGUUAUUUAAGGGUAAUGGGCGUUUUAUUUAAUUUAUAUUUCCAAACGUUUCUGCUUUUAUGUGGCCAGACAGGCCUGCGAAGUCGGAAUUAUUUAUGAAAACUUUAUUUUUGCUUAAUUUUUUUUAGAUAUGUGGUCUUUAGUAAGAUAGUUUUUAAACCGUAAAAUACAACCUUAAUGGCUGUGUUUGUGACCCAAUUCUGGUUGUGCUCGAAUUACUUUAGCAGGCUUUGAAACGGACAAGAGUUAGAUGCCGAGGUCUCGGCCAGUUUUCUCUUGGAUAGGAGCCCAGCGUUGCCUGUGUCCAGGAGCCCAGCGUUGCCUGCGUCCAGGAGCCCAGCGUUGCCUGCGUCCAGGAGCCCAGCGCUGCCUGCGUCCAGGAGCCCAGCGCAGGGUGUGGGACUCAUUUCGUGGAGAGCAGUGUUUUAAUUACGGUCAUAAAUCUGACCUUUCUUCACUGACGCGGUUUAUACCGGCGGCACAGAAACCUCUUCUGAUGCAACACUUGAGCCUUUACCUCCAGAAACAGUUUGCCUAACAACAAUUCUGUGACAGAUUUAAAUAGAGCCUGCACAUUUUGUGUGUGUGUGUGUGUAUCCAUUUUGUCCUGUGUGUUCAUCGCUGCACUGGUGCAUUAGAAAUCACACAGUUUACUUUUGUGCAUCAGUCCCCCAGAACAGAUGCAGAAAAGCCAAUUAAACGGACCUUGCAGGACACAUCAGGGUUUUGGAUUCUGCAGGAUUGGAGCGGGGGGAAGGCCAGCAUUGACACCCUUGCUGUUUACCUGACGUGUUGAGGACCCUCCUCCCCAAUCCCCGUGUUUUCUUUAAUGCACUUAGUUGGUCCUCCACACUGCAGUCCCCCUGCUGUCCAGAAGGGGGCAGGUUUGGUCCUCCCGAUGCACUGAACUACUCAAACGGGGGAGGCGUUUUUAAAAGUGAGCCGUGGCUUUCCGACCUUUCUCUUAAACGGUCGGUGGGGCUGACAUUUUACGCGAUCUUCGAUGUAGGUUUAAAUCCGAUGAAGAUGUAUAGAGCUGCUUUGAUUUUUUUAAGAAACACGCUUAAUCUGAGAAAUAUGAUACGGCAUAUUUCUGGUUCUGAAUUAAAGCUAUUUUGUUUUAGAGGUAGUAUCAGUAAUUGAAGUUAUGUCUUGAGUUUUUUUUUUUCCUUCCUACAAGAUGCCAGCCAAAGAGUGUGUAGAUUUUAUCUGACCCACGAAAGGGAAGUAAACCUGUUAAGCGUACAGAAUUAUUUUAUGGGUGUCACAGAAGUGCUGCGGAAGAUCUCCCAAGACACCUGAACCCAGGUGAUGGUUAAACUCGGGUCAUUCUCCAAAAUCCAAAAUGUCCUCCAAAAUCUUGCCUUAGAUCACGAUCGGGAACAUUGGACAUUUUGGGUGAUCAGUCAGUUGCAGUGGUACAGUAACACUGGAGUACUUCUCAUAGUUUCUACACCAAAGAGCUGUGUUGAAUCCAGUAACUGUUAGUUUUAUCUCAAACAAAAGAAAAAUCUUAUUUGGUUUACAGUAUUAAUUUUUCGUCGGCAAAUUGUCAAAUUGGUUAAAACAUGGCUUUUUUACCCCUCAUUGUAUCACAAUUCCUGCAGUUUCACCUCACCUGUGUAAUAGGUGAGCACAGCUAAUCAGAGUUCACCUGCGAGUUGAGGCUUCAGAAAAGGUUUGACAAGGCGUACGCGUGCAAGGUGCACCAUGGGAUAGCUCAUCAGUCCCGCCUCAGAUAGAUUUCUUUGAUGGCUCAUUCUCAUUGUUGAUAUUCUCCGAGCGCUGAGUUUGUACUGAGAGUCGUGCAUCUUGAAAGGCGGGGAAGGGGAUCUUUGAUGUUUGAGCGGUGAGAGCGGGCGGAACGCUGGCGCACAGAUCCCUGGCGCACGGCAGCAUGCCGCGCUGCAUUAAUCACCUCUCAAACGGCCAGGGACCGGAGUGAUGAACUGGGGAGAGAGAGAGCGAACGGAGAGAGAGAGAGAGAGAGCCGCACUCUGCGCUCUGUUAACUGUGUACAGAACUGCGCAGCGACUGUCAUUCCCAGCUCAGACUCUUCUCCCGAAUGGCUUGAAAGUGACGACCCGAUUUCUUGAUCUCAUUUAUUUGUCCUCCACUUGGUUGUUUAGUAACAGCGUGUUAAUCGUGAAAGUAGUACAGUACUGCCGCGGGCAAGGUUAACAUGCACAGCCGUGAUGUAAUUUUGAAUUUGUAGCUCGUGUUCCGGGCCGAAAUUACUCCUCUAGCAAGAGCAGCAAGGGUCUGAAGGAACGGCUCUGUUUUGCUUUCAUAUUUUAUACAUGAAGUACGCAAAGAUUCAGGAGUCCCAGCUUUAGAUGGAAUAUGGAACGUGGAAUAUAUUUUUUUUCCCCACCUGCCGUUUAAAAGCCCCUUGUCAGUCCUCUAGCAGUGGUGUGGAAUUAUGGUCACACAUAUUCCAAAGGCAGAAUAACCGUUUUCCACGUAACGUACUGUCUAGUGGGGUUUGGAACAAUUCAGAAAUUCAGAAGUUCUGAGCAUUUGUUGGACUGAUGCACUGUCCUUAAAAACUGGAAGAAAAAAUGAUUAUGAAAACACUGGAAAAUACAAGUGUCCUAAAUGUGUAAACAUUUUGGUUUUACUUUGAAGUUUGAUUGUGACCAAUAUAUAAGUGUAUACUGGUGGAAGUACUACAAAUCUUCCCGUAAAAGUUCUUGACUGUGUCAAGGAAGCAAGUGGAUUACAGUAGGAAGAUGCUUAACAAAAUUUGUUGGCCUUAAAUACAUUUUUGGAGCAGACUGUCAACCCGUUGAAUAGCAAGGUGGACUAUUCAGGCUUGGAUCCUGUGUGACUGCAUUUAAAGAGCUGUUCUACAGUAGAUUAUGGAUCUUCCACAGUAAUGUCCCUCAUUCCCAGGAACUGUGGGUGAAGCCCAAAUCGAGGUCCCUGUAUCAGGAUAAGACUUUAGUUUAGGCCCCGUUUGUGCCCAAGGCCAUUAUGACCCGUCUGUAGUGGUGAAUAGCACCGCCCCGUGACUGCUGAUGUAACCGUAAUGUACAGCUUACACCCCGCGUCUGUCAGUGCUGCAGUGCCUGUGACUGCACCACCUUUAGGAAAAAGGUCCAAAAAUUCAGGAGAUCAGGGUAUUUCUGUGUUUCAGAGAUUUAAGUCCUGGAGUUGUAUUUGUUUUUGUUUUCAAAUAUACAGUAUAUAAUAUUUUUUAUGUUGUGGUCACAGGCCGUUUUUUUUCCACCAUUGUUGUAUAUUUGUUAAAGGUAUAAGCUAUGAGGAGCUUAACUGGAGCUUAUUUAAACCUUUGUACCUUUGGGAAAACACUGAGACCCACUUAUACCCUCAGAACUGUUUGUGCCAUGCUGGGAGUUGUUUUCAUGUACCAGUAUGUCUCAGAGAGAUGUACCUAAUUUGGGAUAUUUUCCUAUUUAUUUAUUGUAUUAUUAUUAUUAUUAUUAUUAUUAUUAUAUAAAAUACCAUAAUGAGUUGAAAUUGUUUUUCAUGGAAGAAGAUCAGCAGGAAAGACAUGCCUGUAUACCACACCAGUUCUGCCUGCGUGUCUGCUUGUUUGAACGUAGCAAUCGAGUAAAGAGUAAGCUAUCGCUACCAUUAUACAAUAUGUAUGUGGGUAGAAAAUCUUAAGGUUUUUUUGUUUUGUUUUGUUUUGUUCUUGAGAACCCUCUUGCCUUCAGCCACUUUAUUUUUUCUUCUGUGAAACUCGGCAGAAAAACAGGAAUUACUGCGAUGUUGUCUUUUAAGAGUAUUUAUUUUAUACAAAUGUUUUUUUUUUUCUUCUUUCUUUUAUGUCUUCGUAAAGAGAAUCUUGCUAAGGUUUAUUAUCUGAAGUGGGAUCCAGUGAAAGGAUGGAAUAAUUUUAUGGAGAUGUUGCUCUCAUUCUGUAUGGCCCAUAUGAAACGAGCACGGGCCGUUUGUAUUGCUUUCUCCUGUAUGUUGUUUUGAUCAUGGUGAAGCCUUGCCAGAGCCCUCGCUGGCUAAUGCCACUCAUGUUCCUUUCUGCUCUGCAUUUGGCAACAGCUUCACCCCCUUCCCUCUCCCUCUGUCACUCUCCCACCUUUUGGGGAAUUUCAUUUCUGCUUGUAAAUUUGUACAUUUUGUCAGUUUGCUAGAAGGCAUGGAGACCACAACGAAAUAAAAAAUAAAAUUAAAAGUUGGUUCAAAUGGCGAAAUAAAAAAAGUAAAAAUGUUUUGAUAGAUGAAAUUCUGAGAAAAAAAAACUAUUUCUGUGUAAAAAAAAAAAAAAAAUGAAGAUUGUAUUAUAUCAAAGGAAAAAAAAGGUAAAUGUAUUUGUUGUGAAUAUGAGAAGCAGAUAUAUUAAAGAAGUGCAUGAAAUGUUU